AGCUGUACUACGUUUAACUUUUAUGUUAUCAAUUUGUUUUAUCAGUAAACAAUAACACAACGUUUCUACUUUUGUACGACCUGUUGAAUUUUUAUUUAAAUUGUUUAUUAAUGCAAUGAUAAUAGUUUAAAUUGCUAGUUAAAAAAACAAUUCUGUUUAAUUUAUGCAAUCAUUACACUUUGCUGAAUUUUCUGCUGGCUCAAAACACUCUCAGCAUGGAGGAUUCGAAUUUAAAAUUUUUAAAUUUUUACUCCGUAGUCGAGCCGACUUUUUGGCAUAAAUUGUGUCAGAUCAAACUUGACAAUGACAUGCUCGAGGAGAAAGAAAAGACAAUUACAGGAUCUUUUUUAAACAGCGUUGGAAUGUCGUUUCAUAUCGAUUACACCUCUUUUGAAACUGUCAGUCCCUCUGAGUCAUACUCGCUUGAGAAACUCUGCAAGCAGAACUCAGACGUUACCUCAAACCUGGAGAAAAUGUCGGGGAAAUUAAUUAACAUGAACACACUUCAGAAAUUUAAAGACUUGGACAAAAAUCUGUUGGUUAAAACAGAAAGCCAGCUGAUAUGGAGUAUGAUCAAAUCCGGUGAUGCGAUUCAAGACCCUUCUACAUUAAAUACUUUCAUUCUCAUCACCUUCGCUAACUUAAAGACGUAUGAGUUUUAUUAUUGGUUUUGUUUUCCUGUCUUAUCAUCAUUGAAUUUCACUAUUGUCCAAGGCCCUCAGCUUUUAAACGAAAAAUUUACUAGCGAUCAGAUUCAAUCAUUGUUGACGACACACAGUACUCUUUCUUGUAAUUAUAAAUUAAUAUUUAGUGCUCAGUUAAUAGAUGGCCAGUUAAUUAGCAAGCCCUUGGAGGCACUAGUUAAAUGUUCAGACCCAGAAGCAAAUGACAGUUUAUAUGUUUGCUUGGUUGAUCCGAGCACACAAGAUUGUUCUCCAGGAUGGCCUUUAAGAAACGUGUUAGCACUAAUCGCUUAUCACAGAAAAACAAGUCUCCCAGUGAAUAUUAUAUCUUUAAGAGUUGGUUUACAGUUCAAGUCGAGUUUUGUCAUUAAAAUCAACAUGCAUGGAGAUAUUAAUGACCAAAAGUGGGUCGGUUGGGAGAGAAACAACCGAGGAAAGUUUGGUUCACGGAAAGUCAAUUUGCAAAAUAGUAUAGAUCCUAUGAGACUAGCAGAAUCUAGUGUUGACUUGAAUCUUAAAUUAAUGAAGUGGAGGCUUUUGCCAGAUAUUAAUUUAGAGAUAAUCAAGUUACAGAAAUGUCUUUUACUCGGUGCUGGUACGUUAGGCUGUUCUCUAGCAAGAUGUUUACUGGGUUGGGGUGUUAGGCAUAUAACAUUUGUCGAUAACGGGGAAGUUUCAUUUUCAAAUCCUGUCAGACAAUCGUUAUACAAGUACGAGGAUUGUGACAUGGGUAAAGGGGCUAAAAAGAAAGCUAUUGCUGCUGCAAACGCCUUAAAAACAAUUCUGCCAACAGUGGUUUCAGAAGGUGUUAUUUUAGAUAUUCCAAUGCCUGGGCAUCCACUAGGAGCCAUGGAAGACGUUGAUAAGCUUCAUCAAUUAAUCAAAGACCAUGAUGCUGUUUUCUUAUUGACAGAUUCAAGAGAAAGCCGUUGGCUCCCUACCGUAAUUUGUUCAUCACUCAAUAAGCUGGCAUUUACAGUGGCACUGGGAUUUGACUCAUAUUUGGUCAUGAGACACGGUGUAGAACAGCCAGAAUCAGGAGAAUUAUUGAAACUCGGCUGUUACUUUUGUAAUGAUGUCACAGCGCCGGGGAAUUCAAAAACUGACCGAACCUUGGAUCAGCAAUGUACAGUUACGAGACCUGGUGUUUCUUACAUUGCUUCGUCAUUAGCUGUCGAGCUUUUUGUAUCAUUUUUGCAAGAUAGAGAAAAGUGCAGUGUUAAUGCAAACUAUGAAGGCAUACUCGGUUCGAUUCCGCAUUCAAUACGAGGGUUUUUGUCAAAUUUCAACCAAAUCAUGCUGUGCACUCCAGCUUUUGUGCAAUGCAUCGCAUGCUCAGUUAAG